AUUAUAUCCUAAAAAUCUUAAAUGGAACUUCUUAAGAAAAUUCUUACAAAACAAGAAUCUAUUGUACCUGCUGUACUUAAUGCAUCAAUUCAAUUUGCUCAAGGCUCUCAUGAUCACUUCUCGCUUUCUCAAACUAUUCUUAAUGCCGUUGAUGAAGAUUCUAAACAAUACCACUCAGAUGAUGACAAACUUCACAGCUGGAGCAAUAGAGUCAUCGAGCACUAUUGAGAGCCUGCAAGAGCUUACCACACUCUCACUCACAUAUUGUCGAUGAUGUGGUUCUACAUCACCAACUACGAACACACUGGGCUCUCUGAGGACUCCCUGAACGACUAUGCAGCAGUGCACUUCUGAAUAUUCCAUGACAUCAUUUACGACCCCAAGGCCACCGGCGGAGCUAACGAAACCCUGAGCAAAGAUGUCUUCGAAGAGUUCUUGCAAGACCUCGGUCUCGACCAAGUGGAGACUCUGAAGCAAACACAUGAGUUCAUCUCUGACUCGAUCGUCGACACCAUCAAGCAUCAGAAGCACGAUUGCGAAGACCAGCUCAGCACUCUGAACGGGUUCUUGCUUGACUGUGACUUGUCUGUGCUGAGCUACGAGUUUGAGAGCGAGGACGAAGCUGCAGAGCCGAACUUGUACAUGAGUUACGCUCGCAACAUCAGAAAAGAGUACAUCCACAUUGACUAUGACACUUACUGAGAAGCAAGGGCAGGAGUGAUGAAGAAGUUUUUGGCAAAGGAGUUUAUUUACUUUACUCCAAAAAUAAUAGAAACAUGUGAACAAAUAGCUAGAGAGAACAUAGAGAAAGAGAUUAAAAUUUUAGAAGAAAAGGUGAUCUAA